UUAAUAAAUGCUAUCUGCAGACAUCACAGUAUAUACAGAAACGCUCAAAGCACGCCCCAUGCGGUUCUUUUUUAUUCUGCCUCCAUACUCCGUAAUUUCACUGCCAUAUUUCACUACAAACUGAAACUAAACGCAAGUGCUUGACUUUAAAAACAGUAGACAAAUUUACAACUUCGUACAUCCUUGUGUAUCGUAAAUCUUCUUUUACAUACAGUAAACUUUGUCAUCAUAAAUAACCGUAUUACCAUACCUAUUCAUAUGUCGAAAGAAAUAAGGGUCGUUAAAAUGUCGAAGUCACAAUACUCGGUGACACAUUGCGCCAGUGACACGAACUCAUUUCUCCAAAUGUACUCGCGAAGUGUUAAAAAUGAUAAUUGGUCGUGAAGUGAAUUUUUAAGAAAGUACUAUACGUCCGUUAGUUGCUCUCCAGUCGCCUUCGUGUUAACCUUGACUGAGUAAAAAAUGUCCUUCAAAGUGCUUCUAACUGCUUGUCUCACAACACUACUAUGCGCUAGAGACACAGUGACCGCGUUCAAUACAAAAAAAUUUGACUGUGGACCAUACGGUUUUAUAUGUGAAGGAGCACACAGAUUGAGAAUUUGCGAAGGCAUUAACUUAUUAGGUCCAGCAUUCAUUUGUCCACCUAACACUCACUGCAAUGAGGACUCGAGUGAUGUCUGUCAAAACGCUGUUAAUUACGUAGAGCCCGCCAUAAGCAAGACUAUCUAUUGUCACAAGAACGAGCGGAUAAUUGAUCCCACUGUUCCGGAUUGCAAAGGUUAUAUUUUAUGUAUCCCGAACAAAAAUCGAUUUCAAGGUAUUAAAUUCAAAUGUGGUGGCAACACCAUCUUCAAUGGCUACACUCGAACGUGCACUGCUCCAGAGAAAUACAAAUGUCCGGUGACUAAUGCAACUAAACCGUCAAUAGAAUUAUUCGGUAAUGAAAAUAAAAGGGUCGACUCUAAUACAGAUACAAGAUUACAUCCUCAGACAUCUCCGCAUCGCUCUAUAGAAUGUAAAAACUACAAAUUUAGUGUAACUGAUGACAAUGGACCUGUCCGUGCGACAUACUUUUGCCCGCCACGGCCGAUAUGGGGAGAGACCUCUGUCCGUUGUACAGUGUUCUCCAGUAAAUUCUGUAUCACAUUGGAAAGGGAUGACGGAGACCAAUCUGUCAAUAAUGCUGGAGCAGCAUAUCGCAAACCACGAAUUUUAUAAUAAAGUAACUUUUUGCCCCCAAAUUCGUACGCGUGGAUUACAGAAGUAGAAAAACUAAUAAAAGGCACCCCUUAAGGCUCUAGAUUUUAAGUUAGAUCUUCAGGAAUACAAUUGUGAAAACCAUCCAACAUAGUGUAAUAGUUUUUCCGUAAUGCCGAAAUAAACAUACAGACAGGCAAAAAUUCUAAAAAUGAUUGUUUUGACUUCUAUUUUCCUUAUCUAUAAUAUUUCCCAUAUACAAAGUUCGUCUCGUUAUUUUAUUAUUUGUUUACUCUUUUAAACAAUGAUAUAAUAAUACCACAUAAAAAAUAAUAGAAUAAUAAAUAUGUACAUAUUACACUUAUAAAAUACAAAAGACGGUCCUUACCGCUAAAGCAACCUUUUGGUAGAGGAGAAAAGAAAAAAACUAACUAUUUGGCACAAAAAGUAUAUCUAACAAAAAACGCUCAUGUUAAUAAAACAUAUGCAAAUAAUCACAUGUAUACAUUACAUCUAGUGCUUAUAAUAAUAUAUAUUACAUAAAUAAAUAUAUAAAAUACAUAACAUAUUUAAACUAAAAUAUUAGUAAGGUAAAAUAAAUAUUUCAAUAUAACAAACAUUAUUUUUAAAAUUGUAAUAAAAUGAGAUUAAUUAACUGUUUUAUCAGCCAUGGAUGAAACCAAAUUACGAAGUAUAAACAGAACAAGCAUGGAAAAAUUUGUAGAGUUUUGUUAGGCAAGUAAAUACCGCAUUUUUAAUAAAUACAUCAUCUAAAUAUUUUUAUUUUGGAAUCAGAAGACAUUUUACAAAAUUCGUGUUUUUACCGUGAAGCAGUUAUGUUUGCAU